CCCCUCCCCCCCCCCUCCUGCCGGCCGCCGUCGCCUCUUCUCUCCCCUUUCCGCUCCCGUUGGCAGGCAAAGGAGAUGGAGGCGAACCCGAAAUCAGAGAGAAGGCGAGACGACGAGAUGCAGCCCAAGAUCAACGCGUUCUUCAAGCGCCAGGCCCCGGGGCCGGAUCCGAGCAGUGUCGACGGGGCGCGUAGGGAAAGUAGUGGCCCGACGGAGGUGGCGAAGAAGCCCAAGAGCUUCGCGGACGCCAAGGUCCUCAACAAGAAGAGGAACUACGGGCAGUUCCACCUGGAGCUGGGGCAGCCCGACUUCCUCCUCCACAUGUGCGCCGGCUGCGGCAUGAUGUACGCCCGCGGGAACGACGAGGACGAGAAGGUCCACAGGGCCUACCACAAGAGCUACUUCGAGGGCGUUCCGUUCAAGGGUUGGCGCGAUGAAAUUGUGGUUGCGAGUUCGGAGGGAGGUGAGCGGAUAAUUCUCGCAUCCGGCGAAAAUUCUUGCAAACGGAACAGUAAGGUGCAAGAGGUGAUCAAAGUGGUGGAAAAGGAGCUGGGAUUCGGUGAAGGCCAGCUCCUUCAUAAGCUCUGCAAGGUUUAUCUGUUCAUAUCUGGUGGGAGGAUAGUGGGAUGUCUAGUUGCCGAGCGGAUAAAAGCAGCACAUAAGGUUAUUCCGAGCUCCACAACAGAAAACCGCAGAGAUAUCAGUAAAGCUGAAUCAGGAAAAGCAAACCACACAUUAGAGUUUGGUGAAAUUAGUUUCAAGAGGGAAGUCUCACGGCGGCAUAAUCAUCUCGACAAGAACAAAGAAGAGUGUCAAGGCCCCGGUGCCAUCAUCUGUGAAGAAGAAGCUGUUCCCGCGCUCUGUGGAUUCCGGGCCAUCUGGGUGGUGCCAUCACGCAGAAGAAAGCAAAUCGGGUCGCAGCUAAUGGAUGCUGUGAGGAAGAGCUUCUACGAAGGAAGCACGUUGGGGAUCUCUCAAUGUGCUUUCACGCCGCCAACCUCUGCCGGGAAGGCGCUAGCAUCGAGCUACUGCAAGACCAGUGCAUUCUUAGUCUACAGGGAAGGAGAUGUAUAAGAGAUUCUCCCAUGUAAAGUGUUUUAUACUUGCACUUCUCUUGUAAAAUGUACACGCUGCUAAUGCUCAGGUCGAAUAUCAGUAUGCAUCAAUGCAUGGACUCUCACUGUGGUACCAGAAAA